AUUGAUACUCUUACACAUUACCAGUAGUUUUCCUUCUCCGAUUCUCGCAACACAACAGUCUCCCACUCCACAUCAACUCUUCCCCCUCCAGUUUCCGUCAUUACUAUUAUUCUUUUCCUCUUUCCCCUUCCCCAAGUUUUUGUAAAUUCCCCAACUUUUCUUUUCUUCCUUUCUUUCUCAAAUCCACACUCUUCAGGAAUCAUUCUUCAAUAUCAAUUCCCUUCCAAGCACCGACUUCUCAAUCCCUAUUAAUAAAACCCCAAAGCCAAACCUUUUCUUCAAAUAUUGAAUAUUAUUAUAUCACCUCUCUCUCACUGUCAGCCAAAAUCAACAGUAAUUCGCGAAAUCCCAAAGAUGAUGCUCAGAGUUCGCAGCAGAGACGGUCUGGAACGAGUCACUGUAGAUAACCCACAACACACCACUGUCUCCCAACUCAAAGCCCUAAUCCAAACCCAGCUCCGAAUCCCUUUCCAGAACCAGACCAUCUCCACCAACCAAAACCUCCUCUUGGCCAAGACCCAUGACGACAUCUCCCGAUUCACCGACAUGGCAAAUCCCAACACUCCUCUCUCGGCCCUCAAUCUCUCCCAUGGCUCCAUCGUCUACCUCGCCUACGACGGCGAGCGCACCGUCGCCGGCCCCACCUUCCACCCGGCAGGCUCUUUCGGUCGCAAGAUGACCAUGGACGACCUCAUCGCCAAGCAGAUGAAAGUCACCCGCCAAGAAAACCCGCACUGCGAGCUCGUCUCCUUCGAUCGCGAUUGCGCCAAUGCCUUCCAGCAUUACGUCAACGACACGCUCGCUUUCGCGGUGAAGCGCGGUGGAUUCAUGUACGGUACGGUGUCGGAGGAGGGAAAGGUGGAGGUGGAUUUCAUAUACGAGCCUCCCCAACAGGGGACUGAGGCGAAUUUGGUGUUUUUCAGAGACCCAGAUGAGGAAAAGUCGGUGGAGGCUAUUGCGAUGGGGUUGGGAAUGAGACGGGUCGGUUUUAUAUUCACCCAGACGGUGAGCCAGGACAAAAAAGACUUUACUUUGUCGAAUAGGGAGGUUCUUCAGGCCUCAGAGUUUCACGCGGAGAGUGGCUUGAAGGAGUGGGUGACUGCCAUGGUUAAAUUGGAGGUGAAUGAGGAUGGCGGUGCUGAUGUGCAUUUUGAGGCUUUUCAGAUGAGUGAUAUGUGUAUUAGAUUGUUUAAAGAAGGGUGGUUCGAGACUGAGAUUGAAGAGGGUCAUGAUCCAAAGUUGUCCAAGAUGAAGAAGGAUGUUGUUGUUGGGGUGAAGGAUACUAGGGAAGUGGACAAUGAUUUUUUCUUGGUGGUGGUAAAGAUCUUCGAUCACCAGGUACGCUUAAGUUCACCAUUUUUAUUUUCUCUUGUUUUACUUGAACGAAUUGAAUUGCACUAUUUAUUUAGAUUGUUGUUUUAUCUUGCUGAUCAAUGUUACUUUUUGCCCCUAACAAUCACGUUCCUGUUCGAUUUGUAGAACACCCUA